GUUUUAAAAAUUGUUCAGACUUUUCCUCCAGUCUGAAAUGGUAGAAAGCCUUGCAUAAAGGACAUGCUGAUUUUACACCUCAAGAACAUUGCUUAAUAGCUUUAAUCUGAAGAAAUAUAUUAUAUGGUAAAGCUUCCGACAGACUAUCAAGCUUGUCAACACCCAGAGAGCAUUUAAUUUUUGUUGGAUCAGAAGCACUUAAUACCACUGCAAUUGUUACAAUGGAAACUCUAAGACAAAUACAAAGUUUUGGAAUUCGUGUUACUUGUAUGUAUCCCAUAGCAUCCGGUAUGGUGUUCGCCACUGUUCUAGUUUCUUGCUGCUCAUCUCUGAACAUAAGAGCUCGUCCACUUAUUUCUAAUUCACCAUUCCUUUCUAUCUGGAAUGCUCCUACAGAACUUUGUUCUGAAAGGACUGGAGUGCAUCUGGAUAUGACAUUUUUUUCUCUCAUUGGAAGUACAUUGAAGACAUCCAUUGGACAAAACAUUACUCUAUUCUACCCAGACAGGCUUGGUUACUAUCCUUACAUAAACGAAAUCACAGGAGAGGCAUUCAAUGGAGGACUCCCCCAACUCUUGCAGCUGGAGAAUCAUUUAAAAAAAGCCAAAGAGGACAUCCAGUUCUAUAUUCCUUCAGAUGAACAAUCUGGAUUGGCUGUCAUUGACUGGGAAAACUGGAGACCUCUGUGGAUAAGGAAUUGGGGAUCAAAAGACAUUUAUAGACAGGAAUCCAUUGAUCUCGUUCAGCAGAGAGACAUAAGUCUAUCAGAAGCUGAAGCCAGGACUACAGCUAAAAUGAAAUUUGAAGCUGCAGCAAAAUCUAUUAUGUUGGAGUCUUUGAAGCUGGGCAUAGCAAUGAAACCAAAACGUCUAUGGGGAUACUACCUUUACCCAGACUGUUAUAACUAUGAUUACAAACAAAACCCACAUAAUUAUACAGGAACCUGUUUGGAUAUUGAAAUAGCAAGAAAUAAUGAGCUUAAUUGGUUGUGGGAGAAAAGCACAGCACUUUAUCCAUCUGUCUAUCUAGAGACAGCCUUAAGAUCUUCCAGAAAUGCCCAACUCUUUGUUCGCAACAGAGUUCAAGAAGCCAUUAGAGUUUCGUAUGUCUCCAAUUCUACUUACCCCCUUCCAGUUUUUGUAUAUACACGACCAGUAUUCACCGAUGUCUAUGAGGAAUAUCUCUCUCAGGAUGACCUGGUAAAUACCAUUGGAGAGUCUGCUGCACUGGGUGCUUCUGGAGUCGUGAUCUGGGGCGAUCUGAAUUUAACACAAAGUAAGAACACCUGUAAGACUCUGGACAACUACCUUAGGAGGACUUUGACUCCUUACCUCAUCAAUGUCACAAUGGCAGCCAGAAUCUGUAGCCAAGUAUUAUGCCAAGAUUCUGGUGCCUGUGCACGGAAAAAAUGGAAUUCCAGUGACUAUCUUCACUUGAACCCCAAGAAUAUUGUCAUUCAAAUGACAAAGGAUGGAAAAUACACUUUACAGGGGCAACCAGCAUUUCAGGAUCUACAAACAUUCAUAGAAAAAUUUGACUGCCACUGUUAUGCAGGGCACACUUGUGAACCUAGAGUUAAUAUCAAUGACAUCCAAUACCUCCGUGCUUGCAUUUCAGAAGAUAUUUGCAUUCAGAUAUCCUCAAAUUCACUUUCUAAUAUAGAAGCUUCUGAUGAAAAGAUCCUGUCUAACAGGACAGUAUUUUCACUUACCUCUCAGAGUAAGGUGACACAUCCUGAAAUAGAAGACUUCCAACCUGACAUUGGAAAUAAUAUACUCCAUAUAACUGCUGCAGAAUAUAACGCUGUCACGGCUGCCACUAUAUAUGAUGUAGAAGCAAAUGACACUCGUACUUUCAGUAGUUCUUCGCCCUAUAAAAUAAGGAUGUUUAAUCUGCUCUGUUUAAUUCUGAUUUUUAGAACCUUAAUAUAAAUGACUCAUGAAAGUGAGAAUAUUCUUUUCCCCUAGCUGUGUUUGAAAUUCUAAAGGUUUUACUUGCACAGAGAAAUCACUCCUGAAAGGUGUAAAAUAGGUGCAGCUUUGUGGUCUUAUCUGUAACAGGUAGCCUUUUCUAUUCCUUAGGUGACAUUUCAAUUUGAAUGUUAUUUCUCCAGUUUAGUUCUAUAAACUACUAUUUGUGCCAAAAAUAUACUAGUCUGUAUAUACUGAUUAUACCUACGAAAGGAUAAUCCAGAAUGAGAAAGUUGUUUUUACAGUUAACAUUUUUAACGGUUACGUUUGAAAAAUAAAUUUGUUGAUAAUGCCAUUUUAUAUACAACAAGUUAAACCAGUUAAAUCCAUCACAAUCCAUACUUCAUUCUGAGCAGUCAACAGGUUUGAUGCUCUAUGCAGAAAUUAAUUUCAUUCCAUAUGAAUACUAGCUAUUAAAAACAUGUGGCUUAACUGUAAAUCUGUGGGACUUGGCAGCAUAAAAUUUAUUUGAUUAAUGUGACCCUUUUUCACUUUUCACAAUAUCUACAAGGACAGUGUGCUUUUCCUUUUAAUUAUGUAUAUUCCGAACUCUUGUUCAAAAGUUUUUAGCUUUAAUGUAAAUGUUGUCUUCAAAUAUUACAGCUUCAUUAUUUAAAAUUUGAGCUGUAGCCAUUAAUUCUUCCUUCUUUCUUCUCCUUUUCUUCUCCCAAGUCCACAUUUUGUUUCAGAUUUCCCCUUCUUGGCUUUCAGUUCUUUUGUCUGCCCAGCACAUAACUCAUCUGAUCUGCUUCUUUACUCCUUGCUGACACUGGUCACCAGUCCUGGUUUCUCCGUUCAGCCAGCCCUAUCCAGUGCAUGUGACUGUCUCUGUGCCAUUGCGACAAGAGGCUGUGUGCCUUCUCUAUGCCUGCCUAUUUCCUAACCAAGCUAUUUGACGGAAGCCAGUUUGUUCCGUAGGAAAACUCAACAGUGGAAGAUGCAGUGAUGCUGGGGUCUUGGGACUCUCCUUCUUCACCUUCAGUGUCUGUGAUCUGUAAUCUCAGGACCGACUUUUUGAUCUGUUCUGUUCACAAAACCCCAAACCACCUGCCCUGGUGCACAGAAAACUGCGUGCCACCGAGCGCUCUCUCAGAGGGGGCACUACUGCCACGUGCCAUUAGCCAGGGAAGAAAGGCAGACAGCAGUUGAUAGGUAAGACGGUGAAAGAGGUAAUACCUGUAU